UUUAAUCCAUUUAGUAUGUGUCAUGUUAAUUUUGUAUAAUUCUGUUUUUUCAUCAAAAUGUCCUGUGGCACCAAUUGACAUGCCUUACAGAAGCCCAUUCCAUAAACAUUGUUGCCUUUUAUCAACACAGUUUGCGAGCCAUUCUGCAAGCCGGUGAUGCAGGGGCAGCUGUGUGUCACAUCUGAUCCACAUGUGGCCUCUAUCCAAGCAGAGAUCCUGACACUGACAAACUUCUAAUCUUGGGGUGGCCCAUCCGCCAGGCUGGACACAGGGCCUGAUGCUGAUAGACUCCUCAGAACCCUAGGAACAAGCUCUGACUGACCCACCCUUCCCAUCCCCAUCAGAGAUGGGGUCUGACACUGAUGUCUUCUGCUCACUUCUAGAGCCAGACUCUUGUGCGCUUCCAACCCCUUUCCCAGCCCUGUGCGUUGAUUGACAUUGAUUCCUCCAGCCAGGUGCAGAUGGGAAGCCAGACGGGGCUGGCAGAAGUGGCACAUUCAUUAGUGUUUGUUUGGAUUUUCCUUUUAUGAGAUGUCUUUUAUGGUUCUUAAUCAUCUGAAGUAAUCUCUUCUCAUCUGUGGCACGUUGGAUAGAAAGUACCUCAGUCUGUCCUCCAUCACACUGGCUGCACAGUCACUCCUCUCUCCUUGAUUUAGCUGGGGAUUGGUCCUGCUUUGAGCAGGAGGUUGGACUAGAUGACCUACUGAGGUCCCUUCCAACCCUGAUAUUCUAUGAUUCUCUCUGGGUUAAGACUGCUUUGUACCUGAUUUUUACCACUAGUUUGUGGUCACUGAUUCAUCCCCAGGAGAGCUCCGGAGACCCCGCCGCAGCCCUGCAUAUCCCCCAAGGGUGAAGAGAUUCACCCUGGACCAAAGACCAGGGGUGUCCAUGGAGGCACUACUGCCAUAGAGUUCACCCCAGUCUUUGCAAUGUGUCCUCUUUUUGUGAGUGGACAUGUCUCCCGAGAGGUGCCUGGGCUAGUUUGGACUGGGGAUAGGGUCACGCUGGCUUGCAGGGGUCACCUCACUGCGAUUGUUCUGCUACAGAGUCAAUGUUUCCUUCUUGCUGCACACAUACUUUGCCUCCAACUGGUUCCAGCAGCUCUUGGGGGAAGUUGGUCAGUCCCUCUUUUAUGAUUUGCAAUCUUCCCACCAAGCAGGGGUAGAUUUAGGAAACAACUCUCCAACACCCAGUGAAGACCCAUACUGGGUCUACUGGGGACAAACCCCCAAUCUUUGGCCCUAUGCUGGGCUGGUGGAACCUGGCUCUCUGUGAGGGGCUCAGGGUUCUGCCUUUCUUAGACUUUGGCAGUUUGCCAGGCCAAUACAAUUUCAUUGAACCAAAUUAGUUUCCUCUGAGUUCCUCUCUGGGCUACUGGGGCUCUCACCCAAGGAAGAAUUGCUGGCUGGAUCCACUCUGGGGAGCUCCUCCCCUCCUUAGUGGUCUCACCUGUGGCAGGUGAUACUCUUAUUAUAUAGCUAUCCCUAGUGAUUUACAGCCUGGCUUGUGGUGCCUGGAGGUUUGUCAAGAAUGAGUGCAGAAGCUGGGAAGAAGCGAGGCCGAGGCCCUGUCUCUGGGGACAAGAAAUCUAAGCGGAAGGUGAAGAGGAGGGAGACCUACUCUGUCUAUAUCUACAAAGUGCUGAAACAGGUUCACCCUGACACUGGCAUCUCCUCUAAGGCCAUGAGCAUCAUGAACUCCUUUGUGAACGAUGUCUUCGAGCGCAUUGCCACAGAGGCAUCCCGCCUAGCCCAGUACAACAAGCGCUCCACCAUCACCAGCCGCGAGGUGCAGACCGCCGUCCGCCUGCUGCUGCCGGGGGAGCUGGCCAAGCACGCUGUGUCUGAGGGCACCAAAGCAGUCACCAAGUACACAAGCAGCAAGUGACUGCAAAGGCAGCGUGGGGUGGAGGGCUGUGGAGCUGAUGACUCUGUUCCUACCCACAGGAA